CUCCGGCGGGAAGGGGAAGCGGCCGGGUAGGACCAGAUUAUGGGCAGAAGUCCUUUAAAUUAAUUUAUCAUCAUCAUGGCUAAUGAGGGCUGUCCCAAGGCUGGUGAUAGUCUUUUUUCAUCAGAUAAACAUGCCCAACUCAUCUUGGCCCAGAUCAAUAAAAUGAGGAAUGGACAGCAUUUCUGUGAUGUGCAGCUACAAGUGGGGAAGGAAACUUUUAAAGUUCAUCGGCUGGUUCUGGCUGCCAGUAGUCCUUACUUUGCAGCUUUGUUCACUGGAGGAAUGAAAGAGUCCUCAAAAGAUGUUGUACAGAUUCUAGGAAUUGAAGCUGCAAUAUUUCGAAUACUUCUAGAUUUUAUUUAUACAGGCAUAGUGGACAUAGGUGUGAAUAAUGUCCAGGAGUUGCUUGUUGCAGCGGACAUGCUACAAUUGACUGAAGUUGUUAAUCUUUGCUGUGCAUUUCUGAAAGGACAAAUUGAUCCACUGAACUGCAUUGGGAUCUUUCAGUUCUCUGAGCAGAUUGCCUGCCAUGAUCUUUUGGAAUUCACAGAAAACUAUAUUCAUGUCCAUUUCUUGGAGGUUCAGAGUGGGGAAGAGUUCCUGGCACUUACAAAAGAUCAGUUGAUCAAAAUUUUGCGAAGUGAAGAGCUUAGCAUUGAGGAUGAAUACCAGGUCUUCUUAGCUGCAAUGCAGUGGCUUCUCAAAGAUCUGGGAAAAAGAAAAAAAUAUGUGGUGGAAGUGCUAGACCCAAUUCGAUUUCCUUUACUACCUCCUCAGAGGCUUUUAAAGUAUAUAGAAGGAGUAUCUGAUUUUAAUCUUCGUGUUGCAUUGCAAACACUUUUGAAAGAGUACUGUGAGGUGUGCAAAUCUCCCAAAGAGAACAAGUUUUGUAGUUUUCUGCAGACAUCUAAGGUUCGACCUCGGAAGAAAGCAAGAAAGUAUCUGUAUGCAGUAGGUGGAUAUACUCGGUUGCAGGGUGGUCGUUGGAGUGAUAGCAGAGCCCUCAGCUGUGUAGAACGUUUUGACACCUUUAGCCAGUAUUGGACCACUGUAUCUUCACUUCAUCAAGCUCGAUGUGGGCUGGGAGUAGCAGUUCUGGGAGGGAUGGUCUAUGCUAUUGGAGGUGAAAAAGAUUCAAUGAUUUUUGAUUGUACUGAAUGCUAUGAUCCAGUUACUAAACAGUGGACAACUGUAGCUUCAAUGAAUCACCCCCGCUGUGGCUUGGGAGUGUGUGUGUGUUAUGGGGCUAUCUAUGCUUUGGGUGGAUGGGUUGGAGCUGAGAUAGGGAACACCAUUGAACGAUUUGAUCCUGAUGAAAAUAAAUGGGAAGUAGUUGGCAACAUGGCUAUGUCACGCUACUACUUUGGCUGUUGUGAAAUGCAAGGUUUAAUUUAUGUAAUUGGGGGCAUCAGCAAUGAAGGAAUAGAACUUCGUUCUUUUGAAGUUUAUGAUCCACUUUCCAAGCGUUGGUCUCCACUUCCUCCAAUGGCAACCAGGAGAGCAUAUCUUGGGGUGGCUGCACUCAAUGACUGCAUAUAUUCUAUUGGAGGGUGGAAUGAGACUCAAGAUGCUCUUCAUACUGUAGAAAAAUAUUCCUUUGAAGAGGAAAAGUGGGUUGAAGUUGCCUCAAUGAAAGUGCCUAGAGCAGGCAUGUGUGUUGUGGCAGUCAAUGGGCUUCUGUAUGUUUCUGGAGGUCGAUCUUCCAGCCAUGAUUUCUUGGCACCAGGGACAGUGGAAAAGAGAGGGAAAGAUGGAGAGAACUAUCAAUGUGAUGGACGUCAAUUAGUUGUCUCCUGCAUGAGCCCCGACUGGGGCCCAGGCCAGGGAAGAGCUUGCAACCAAGGUAGGUGCCCUUGACCGGAAUCGAACCCGGGACCCUUUGGUCCACAGGCUGACGCUCUAUCCACUGAGCCAAACUGGUUAGGGCCAGAGCACAAUUUUUCUUGGCCAUAGUUUAAUUUAUAGUGAAUAGCCAAUGAAACAACAUACUACUUUUACUUGAUGCUAGGAGUUUCACUAGCCCCAAACUUUUAAAAAAUAUAUAUUUGUAUUGAUUUCAGAGAGGGAAGGAGAGGGAGAGAGAGUUAGAAAUAUCAAUGAGAGAGAAUCAUUGAUUGCUUACCUCCUGCAUGCCCCACACUGGGGAUCGAGCCUGCAACCCAGGCAUAUGCCCUGAGUGGGAAUCAAACAGUGACUUCCUGGUUCAUAGGUCGACGCUCAGCCAGUGAGCCACACCUACCAGGGCUAGCCUCAUACUUUUUCUUGGCAGCAAAUAUAUGGGAGGGACAUAUAUAGCCACUGUUAGAAACAUCUAGCUACUUAUAGAGAUAACAGCAUAAAAAAAAGCUUUUGCUCACAUCUUUUUUCUUGAUGCUGAGAAUGCAAAUAAUUAAGAGGAGGUUCUUAGUGAUAGUCCUUUAUUGCAUAGGAUGAUGGAAGGGGUGAUAGAGCCCAGUAGGUGGUAUGCACCUACUGUAUUUUCCCGUAUUUUCUAAACAGGCACCAAAAAUAUGUUUGGCUUUGGGAAGAUGGAAUUUUCUUAGAUCAUCUAGCUUUGUAAAGUUUACUUGUACUUGGGCAAGCCUAAGUAUGAGCUUAUUACAAAGCUACUGCCUGGCUUGAAGAAGGUAGAAUUUUAGAUACCUGUGAAAAUUUUUAGACACUGACUCAUAAGAUGAAAGGCUUCUGAUUCAAAACUACUUCUCAAAACUUAUUUUUCCCCUGAGAAGCAUUUUAAAGAAUUGUUCUCUGUCCAGUUAUGAAAGAUUUGUGUACAUGAUCAUUACUUUUAAGUUAUUUCUACUAAUCAGUUGGAGCCAUUUAUAUGGAAGGUCUUGCAUACAGUUAAGUUUUUACCUAGCUCAUUCCAGGAUUUGAUUAGUAUAUUCCCCCUUUUCUUUACUAAAGUCCUUCAGUAUAUUGUUAUAAGUAUCAAUAGCUUAAUUAGAAUGAAAGCUUUAUGUAAGCAUUAAAGACUCAGGUAGCAUUAAUAUCCAAAAUAUUUGGAUUGGCCCACAAGAAUACUUCGUAACUUAACCAUAUGCUUAUAUUAAGAAAAGCUUAUGGCCCUGGCCAGUAUGACUCAGUUGGUUGGGCAUCAUUCCAUGCACUAAAAGGUUGCCAGUUCGAUUCCCAGUCAGGGCACAUGCCCAGGUUUUGGCUCAGUCCCCAGUGGGGGAUGUGUAGGAAGCAGCUAAUCAAUGUUUCGCUCUCACAUUGUUGUUUCUUUCUCCUUUUCUCUCUUUAAAAGUCAAUUUAAAAAUCUUCCCCCCAAAAAGAAAAGCUUAUAUAGUGCAGACAGAAAGCUCUGAAAGUCUGAAAGGUCACAAAUACCUAAUUGGGAUCUGUAAAAUGUAAAGGAAUGAAAUGUCAAGUUAAUUUGUAGGUUAUUUAAGCUCAUGUGCCUUUAAUAUUUCUAGUUACAGAGAAUCUGCUUUCAAAAGAGAUUUAUAAAAAUGCUCCUAAUUUAAUUUUCAUUAUUGCCUAGCAACCUAAAAUGGCAAUGUGAAAGGGGGGCAUUAUGUACUACUGUGGCAGAAAUGUAAUGUCAAGACAGUGUUUAGCCUUAAUAGGUCCAAAUGAUCCCUGAAAAAUAGGUAAUUGUAAAUAUGCUUAUUGUUUGCUAGGUAAUGACAGAUUGUUUAAAAAAGAAUAUACUAAUAAAGUAUUUUGAUUUUUGCUCUUA